AUGAAGCUCGUCCUCGCCGCCUCCGCUCUCGCGUCCCUGGCUUCGGCCCAGAGCCUCUGCGACCAGUACGGCUACUUCGCUUCCAGUGGGUACUACGUGAACAACAAUGCCUGGGGCAAGGACGCCGGCAGCGGCAGCCAGUGCACGUACAUCGACAAGGUCCUGUCGCCGGGCAUCCAGUGGCACACCGACUGGAACUGGUCCGGCGGCGACAACAACGUCAAGAGCUACCCGUACUCAGGCCGCACUCUGUCAAGCAAGAAGAUCGUUAGCAGCAUCGGCAGUAUGCCGACGAAGGCUGAGUGGGCGUACGCUGGCAGCAAUCUUCGCGCGGACGUCGCGUAUGAUAUCUUCACCGCCGCCGACCCGAACCACGAUACUAGCAGCGGCGACUAUGAGCUGAUGAUUUGGCUCGCCAAGAAAGGCAACGUCCAGCCCAUCGGCAGCUCGACAGGCACUGUCAACGUUGCCGGCCGCAACUGGGACUUGUGGGUUGGGUAUAACGGGCCCAUGAAGGUCUUCAGCUUCGUCGCGCCGCAGGAGAUCGCCGUCUUCGAGUCCGACGUCAAGCCCUUCUUCAAUCACAUCGCCAGCGCUCAGGGCUACCCGGCUUCCUCGCAGUAUCUCACCACUUUCCAAUUCGGCACUGAGCCUUUCACGGGCAACAAUGCCAAGUUCAACGUUUGGUACUGGUAUGGCGAGGUCAACUGA